AUGUCCAAAGCUCUAUACGUUGGGCUUCUCUGGCUUCUUUCCCUGGCUUUUGUCAGCGCAGCGCCCGCUCCUGACGCCGCCAAAAUAUCCGUUGGCGACAUCAUCAACGCUCUCAAAAUCCAACUCGUCAAAAGCAUCAACGUGACGAUUACCCUCGAGAGCCUUACAACUAAUUUAGUCACUACAGCCGUCGAGAUUUCAAACACCUUACCUGUGGAGCUUACCAUCAACACAAUCAAUACGUCUGCUGGUAUCAAUGGCACGGAGUUCGCGGCUUUCCAACACACCUUUGAGAAGGGUCUUGUUCUCCCGCCGUUCUCUACCGUUAACACCGGGGAAAUACCAAACGUCCUUUUGACGCAAGGCGCUAUUGCUUCUCUCGAUAUCAUUCCUCUGGGCUUCCUAGAUCUAUUGAACACCGACGUCAAUGUUCACGCGCUCACGAUCUUUGGUUUCGGCGGUAUUCCAAUUCCUAUUACUGGGUUGAAGCAGAGCCACGUUCCAACUACGUAUAACCUUGCCUUGAGUUGA